AUGUGUACGAAACAUCCACAAAUAAUCUGUUUGUUGUCAUUUUCAUGUGCAGUAGCAGGAGUUAUUGUUAAAACCAGCUGUUAAGGUUUGAAUCGCAAGUAGACAAAUUAUAGUGCAGGCAUGUGUUACGCUGUAGAUUCAGAAUGCCCAUAUACUACGUUUGAUUACUGACUGCCGAAAACUUCGAAUAAUGUUACACUUAUUGCCUUAUAUUUGGAUGUAUGGUCACGUUGCAGUUAUCUCCAACUUUCCACUGUUUCAAGUAAUUAUUUCGGCAGUCACUUCAUAAUGGGUGGAGAAAGAUUUGACACUCCUCAACCAGAAGCUUAUUUGUUUGGAGAAAAUGCAGAUUUGAAUUUCCUUGGCAGCAAACCAACACCUUUUCCAUAUCCACCUCCACAAGCCAAUGAACCAACAAAAACUCUGAAGUGCUUGGUGAACAUCCGCAAAGAAUCUCUUCGAUUUGUACGUUCUCCAGAAAGUAUUGGUAAAUGUGGGGAUGUAGAUAUUGAAGCAGCAAAAUCAUCCCUUUUCAACAUAGAAUUUACUUUUGAUUGUGAUACAAGGUGUGCCAUAACUAUCUACUACUUCUGUACAGAAGAAGUAACACCAAAUGGGAUAGUUUUUCAUCCUCGGAACCCGGGAAUGAAUUCAGAAACAUUUCAUUACAAACGCGGAAGCAACCAAUUGUUCAGCCAAGCAACUCAUGUAUUUGACCCCAGCUGUUAUUCUGAUGAAGAACUUACAUACAACACUGACAAAGAAAUUAUUCCAAUUGCAAUUCAUUGUGUCGCAGAAGAUGGGAGUGAUGAACCACAUCAGUCACACACGACAAUAGCUGUUGUAGAUCACCAUUCAGAUGGCACAUAUGUUUUGAAAGCACUAAAGCAAAAGCUGUAUGUUGAUGGCCUGUGUUACCUAUUGCAAGAAAUAUAUGGAAUUGAAAACAAAAAUAAUGACACUGCAAAGGCAGCUGGAGAUGAAGACACAGAAGAUAAUGGAUCUGAAUGUGUAAUAUGUAUGUGCGAUGUUAGAGACACUUUAAUCUUACCUUGUAGACAUUUAUGUCUUUGUAACUCUUGUGCAGAUUCUCUUCGCUAUCAGGCAAACAAUUGUCCAAUAUGUCGGGCACCUUUUCGUGCACUGUUGCAAAUUAGAGCUCUGCAGAAAUCUUGUACUGUGCCACAGCCAGCAGCUAUUCUUCCACCAGAGGGGAGUUGUGAGAACAUACCAGCUGGAUAUGAGGCUGUUUCUUUAAUAGAAGCCUUAAAUGGACCUCCUAUUUUACGAGCUCUCCCAAUAGCACCUGUUAUGGAUCUGGCAGAAACUCCUGACCAGGAAGUAGCUGUUCAAGCAGCAGAGGUUCUUAACAGAUCUAGUCAGGAGCAGAUACAGUGCACAAAACAAAUUCUGGAACACGAAGAAAAGAGUCCUAGAGACCGUACUAGCCGUGAAGGUUCUCUUUCAUGUACAACUCCAGAAUUCCGUAUGUCAGUCUUGCUAGCCAGAGAGGAUGAAAAUCAUAAAGAACAAUCGAAAUCGCCACUUCUUGUUCGGCACAGUGUGCGUCCUCACAGUAGAGAAAAGAACUCUACAAGACCUCGUGACACAGUCAGACUGGUUAAUGAAAAGACAGUGGAUCAAACUGAGGAAAACAUUGAUGAUGAUAGUGAAGCAGAGAAGCUUUCACCUUUACUUGAAGUGGCAGGUGUUGUAAGUCCACCAGCUACUGUUUCAAUAAUUGGAAAUAAUUUGGAUGAUGAAGAUGAAGAAGAAGAAGAUGAGGAGGAAGAAGAGGAAGUCAUUCAUGUUGACAGUCUGCGAACUAAGGAUGAUCUAGCUACAACGAAUGACAUGCCAACAAGUUUUGUAAGUGAUGCUGCUCUGCCCACUGAUAUGGAUGGAUGUGUAGUUGCUGGUUCUGGUGGUGGUGGUGGUGAAGAUUCAGACUAUUACACACCAGAAGACCCAGCAACAACAAUACUCAGUCCUUUGCAUUCAGAAAAGGAACGACCACUGACAAACUCUGAUGUAAUAUCAUCUGUAGAGAGCACACCUGGACGUUGGACAGGCAUUGGUAUUUCACUUCCUGGUACGCCUAUCAGUCACCUGAGUCACAGAUCCAGUGGCGACAGCUACAGUUCCAGCAGCUCAACAAGGCAACUUCUGAAUGGUGGUAACCAUUGUAGCAGAGAAAAACAAGACUCUUAGUUCAUAAGUCUCUGUGUUAAUGAACAUUCCAACUUUUAUGUUGUGUUUUAAUAGGGAGGUCAUCAAGUGUAAUAUAUUUCAUGGAGUUACCCGAGGGAAUAUUUGGGUGGGCACUGCAUUACACGUACAAUUCUUGAGUAACUCUUCCAAGAACACACUAACAUUUGCUUCUGGUCAAAUUUUCUGUUACACUUGUAAUUUUUCCCCUUCCUUUGUAUUAAUGGGAAUGAACAUCGUGCCCAUAGUUCUCUGUUGAGUAAUUUGUUUCCAUAAAUAACAUAUUUCAGCUGCUUUAGUACUGGUUGAGGCUUCUAAACUAAUUACCACACAUUUAAAGAUUGAGUAGCAAUGAAGUUAAAGCAAGGAUAUGUCAGUGAUUCCAUUCAGUGCAAAAGUAAUGGUAUGGGCUAUGAUUAAUAAAAAAUUCAGAAUAAUGCCAGUCAAAGAUAGUCCAAACUAUUAUCACAAUGUAAUCUGUAUAAAGUAAGUGAAUAUGGUUUUUCUCUUCUUUUCCCAUGACAGGGACCCAUGUUUUUAUCACGUUUUGGUAUAGUAAACAUUCAUCUCUGCAGUAGUAAAAUUUGUCAAAGAUGAUGUGUAAUAGGAUUGUUAAUAUUUGAACCCUAUAGUUUCCAAGUUUGUGACUAGCAUACUGGCAGUAAUUUUCACAGCCAUUGUGUACAGGAGUUUAACAUGUAAUUGUAAUUGCUCUAGCAUCAGGACUAUUUAUAAAAAUUUACUGAAAUUUUCGGAAUUAUUAACAGUUAAUCUUUAUUGUGUUUAAAACAGACAUGAACACUCAAAACAGACUUUGAAUCUGGUGUCUUUAAUGCUACCUUUGGACCAGAGUCCUACCUCUCGGUAUCAUCUUAUGAGUUUCAAACUGUUCUGUUAUGAGAGACAGCCUGAAAUUAAUUUACAAAGAUCUUAACUGUGUCAGCACAGAAAUCCCUACACUUACAAGAGGAGGCCAUGAUGUUGGGAUCACAGAUUUACUUGAAACUUUGUGAGCCUUUAGUAGACCAUUAAAAUAACAUAAUGUGCAAAUAGUAAGGUGCACUAUGGCAAUUUUGAAAAAAACUCACAAAAGAAGUUUUAUGCGUCUAUUAUGUUGCUUAUGUACCUGUGCGUGGUCAACUGAUUAGCGCUCAAGCAGCUUAAGACGAACUUAUAUUAGGCAAAAAAUGUAUUUUUUUCAUCAUUGGUCAUAUAUUUAGUUUACAGGACGUUUGAGAGAUAAUAUAAUGAAAGAUCACUUGUGUUUGUAUGUAUGCAGUUUCAAUUUAUGUUUUCCAUGUCUAUGACAAAUAUCAUCCAGCAUCGUGUGAUGUCGCAAGCACUUCAAUUGCAUCAUUAUUUAUUGAGGUUUGACUUGGGAUUUCCAACCCUGUCUCUCAUCCUCGAAAAUUUAAUUACAAAUAGUAAAUAACAUGUGAAAUUCACUACAACUUUAUAAAAUUGCAUGUGGGUUUUUCUCAUUAUAUUACCUCUCAAAUAUCAUGUAAAUUAAAUAAUGUAAUAAGUGGUGAAAAAAUAUAGAUUAGCAAGUAAAUGCUACAGAGAUUUGAACUGCCGCCUCUUCCUCAACUCACUUCCCACUUGCGAACACUAAUUGCUUGACCACAGUGACAUUUUAUGACUGGCACCUUCGCACCGAUACAUCACUUAUGUAAUAGACACGUAAAAUUUCUCUUGUUAUUUUCGCAGAAUUUCCAGAGUAGUGCACCUAAUUACUUGCACAGUUUUAAUAUCCCCGUAAAGGUGUAAAAAGUUUGAACUAAAUCUGAGAUUCCAGUGUCAUGGCCUUCCCUUGUUAGUUAAAGUAAACAGAUGGCAGAGCACUAUUGUUUUAUCUGUGUGAUUGCAACUGGAGAGUGUAUAGUUAGGUCACUGCCAUCCUUCCUGCCUUGAAGGAUAAGUUAAUAAUGAUAAAACUGGUAGCAAUUUUUGAAAGAUUCAGAAAUGUACAUUCCAAUUGCCUUAUUAGAAAUAAGUGUGGGAAUAAAUGCUGUGCUAUGUAGUCACAGGGAAUGAUGGGCUGUCCACAUUUGUAUGUGCGUGCCUGUAUCUUCGAAUGAUAAUAUAGUCUCAGUGAUCACUUAAUCAAAAUUCAUUUAGAUUGAAGAGAAAAUGUGAUUUUGGAAAACACUUAUCAUUACUCUUGUAAUGUUAAGUUACUGCAUGUAAACUUAAUUUUACUUUACAUAUCGAGGUGUUCUGAUUUCAUAGACAAACACAUUCCACAAAUGUAUUCCAGCUAACUUCUCUCAUGCUUAUAUUUAAGUCCAUAUUGGAUAUAAAUCUCCAUAAUACAGUAUUAGUUUAUACAUCCAGAGGUUAAGUGCAAGUAAUCCUUAUAUAUCAUUUUUCAUUUUAGUGUAUGUGUACAUACAGAAUUUACAAACUAAAAAACCUGUAUGCUGUAAAAGAAAGGAAAAGAAACCAAACAAUGCCACUGACAAAUUAAAUAAAUGAAGUUUUAUUUUGAGUGUAUAAUUGACUUGAAUGGCAUUCUUCUCCACAAGAUACUUUCUCAAUACCCUUUUUGGCAUUGUAUCAAAGAUUCUGAACUUUGUAGAUAAUUGUUGUGUAAAUUGAAGAUUAAUACUGUUAUAAUAAAGCACAGUUAUGGAACACACAUAACUGAAUAAAAUGAA